AUGAAGGGUGUCACUGAAUGGAAUUGUUUUCCCUUUUCUUCAUCCGGAAACACUAUGUCCGCCACAGAUGCCCAAAUCAAUAACCUCUUCUAUCACCUGUUCCCAUAUUUUCCUCCCCUUCAAGCUUUCUCGUAUUUUUUGUUUGCCUCUUCUUCUCUUUCAGAAAGAAAAAGAAGAAAGAGGCAAACAAACCUUUCUUCUUUCUUUCUUUCUUUCUUUCUUUCUUUCUUUCUGAAUUGCUAUCUUCUUUCUUCUUCUCUGUAUUUUUUCUUCUUUAUCUUUCUUUUUCUCCCUUUCUUUCUUGCUUGCUCUUUAUACUUCCAUGUUUUUUUUCUUUUUUCUUCAUUUCUGUUUUUAUUGAAUUUUGAUUCUUUUAUGUUUUCUUUCUUUCUUCUUCUCUGUCUCUAUUAUAUUUUUUUAUUUUUUUCUUUGUCUCACUUUUUCAUUCUUUCUCAAUUUCUUUAUCUUUCUUUCCUUCUUGUUUUUUUAUUCUUCCAUAUUUGCUUCAUUUUUUUAUCUCUUUCUUCUUGCGUUUUCAUUCUUCUGUGUUUUUCUUUUUUCUUCCUUUCUUUCUUCUACUAUUGUUUUUUUUUAAUUCUUGCUAUUUCUUCCAUUCUUCCUCUCUUUCUUUUUCUUGUUUUUUAUUCUUCAUUUUCUUUCUAUUUUCUUUUUCUUUGCCCAUGUUAUUAUUCUAUAAAUUUAUUUAAUUUUUUUAUUAUUUAUUUCUUCUCUUUCUUUCACUCUUUCCUUUUCCCUCUAUUUCUUUUUGGAUUUCUUUCUUCGAUUUCUAUCUUGAUUUACUUUUGCCUUUUUUCGUUUCCUCUGUUCACUUUCUUUCAAGCUUUUCUUCUUCACUUUCUUACAGGCAUUCCUUCUGCCUCUAUAUCAUUUUCGUUUUCCUUCUCUUUCUUUAAUUUUUUAUUUUUGCUUCCAUUUCAUUUUCGUUUUCUUUCUUGUCUUUCUUUCAAGCUAUUCUUCUUCUCUUUCAUUCAGGCUUUCCUUUUGCCUCCAUUUCUUUCUUACUACCAUUCUUCUCUUUCUUUCACGCUUUCCUUCUUCUCUUUUUCAUUCUUUCGUAUGAUCUUCAUUUCUGUUUUACUAUCCUUCUUUUCUUUCUUUCACGCUUUCCUUCUUCUCUUUUUCAUUCGUUCCUUUUGCCUCCAUUUCUUUCUUACUACCCUUCUUCUCUUUCGUUCACGCUUUCAUUCUUCUCUUUUUCAUUCUUUCCGUUUGUCUCCAUUUUUUUUACUACCCUUCUUCUCUUUCUUUCACGCUUUCCUUCUUCUCUUUUUCAUUCUUUCCUUUAGUCUCCAUUUCUUUUUUUAA